AUGUUCCACGAAAUCCUCCUCUCCCUCUCGGGACAUCCCUCUCCUCUCCUACGAACCGAUGCCACGCAACCCCAUGCUCUGUCCGGCGUCUCUCCCGCCGAGCGACAACUCCUCUCCUCAGCCGCCCAUCUCAGCGACGUACACAUAAAGCUCAUCAGCUAUACAGCUCAAGUAGCAAACUCGCACCAGUCGACUAUCUGCCGAGCCGUCGCAACAGCUAUAGACUCCAUUCACCUAUCUGCGUUCCAGCGCAAAGUUCUCGAUGUCGAGGCAAGCAUACUACAGGAUGAUCCGGAGCUGGUUGGGGCGUACAACAUCGUGCCCUUAACGGCUGUGAUGGGCGAGUUUAAGGAUUGGACUAGAAGAAUGGACUGGCUGUGGGAGAUGGUGCAGUUUAUGCUGGCCAGGGAUAAGAAGGGCGGAGAAUGCCACGGCGCACAGCUCAUGGACCGUUUGCGCCUUGAGCUACAGAGCGGAUAUCGAGAUGUCCAAGAUACAGCCAUGAGUCUCGUCACAGUGGCCGAGACAGCUUGGCUAAAGCAGGUCUCUGCGUGGAUAUUAUAUGGCAGACUUCCAAGUUUUGGGAGCGAAGACUUCUUUAUCCAAAAAGUUGAACAAUCUGACGAGGAAUAUAUAUCACGGUCCAGUCUAUUGCCAGCAUUUGCAACGCCAGCCACAGCGUCUUCAAUGCUCUUCAUUGGCAAGUCACUAAAUCACAUCAGAGUCAAAAGCAGUGUAGACUCGGGGCUUCGUGGCUUGGACCAUCUGUCUUCCAAGCUACAAGAACUGUCAAGCCUUUCUUUUCCACUAAAAAGCACCAGCUUCUCAAGAGCUAUCAUCGCCGUCCGGAUAUCGCUGUCAGAAAACACACUUCAGAAACUACUGCCGCUGGCAAAGGUGACGGAAAUGCUACAGUUACUCAGAGAUUUCUUCCUUCUUGGCCGUGGUGAAUUUGCUAUGCAAUUGACCCACGAGGCAGAUGAGAAGAUACGCAGCCGGUGGAGGAGAGCAGAUAACUUGGCUUACGAAAAAGGUGAUGGUUUGAAGAAUGUGAUAGUCAAAGAAGGUGAGGUUGCGGCAGUCCUCGCUAGAACAUGGGCUGUUCUAGCAUCUAUGCAGGGCCAGCACGCCGAGGAAGACGAGCAACUCGAACUUGCUCGAGACCUCUUGCGACUCAAUCUUACAAAGAGCAAGGCCACUGCUCUUCUAGGUUAUGGCUCUGGUCUCAGCCGUGAUGCUGCAAACAUUUUAUCCGAGUCGCCAUUCCGGAAUCUCCUAUUCUCCGUUCCUUCGUUGCUAUCAAUUCAAAUUCCUCCACCGCUGGAUAUGGUUCUCUCGCCCUCGGAUGUUCAGAUAUACUCGUGCAUCAACGCUUAUCUAUUAUCCAUGCGCAGGGCGCACAUCCGACUUACUGACCUGUGGAAGAUCACAUCUCUACGUCGGCACCAUCCGACCCCGAGAGGCGAUCGGGACCAGAUCAUUCUCCUUCGGAAGCGAUGGACAGCCCGGUCAUCGUCAAUGCGAAGUUCUUGGACAACCGCCAGUGCUGCCAUAUUCUUCCUUGCUGAGACAGAGGCUUACCUUCAAACGGAGAUCGUGGCUGGCCUAUGGGAGGGCUUUCAUGAAUGGCUAACGGCCAACGAUCCAAAGCAUGGACAGUCUAGAGCACCCUCGCCUACUAAACUACCCGAUGAAGAUGGGGAUGGUGAAGAAGAUGACGAGGAUAUUUGGCUGAACAGUGAAAAUGACAAGACUCCAGCUCAAAACGAUACUCCCAAGACACCAGAUUCGACAACCCCUCCCCAAGACCCUCAAACCCUCUCAACAGCUCAUCGCCUCUACCUCCGUACUCUCAUUCACCGCCUUCUUCUCACCCAGCCUACAUUUACGCAACCUCUCUAUAACCUCCUUAUUCACAUCGACCACCUCGUUGCGCAUCUACACCGUCUACAUGCCAUAUACACGUCCAUUGAUCUCGAAACAGACGCCGGCGUAGUUGACGCCUUUGUCGACCUCGAGUCCGAAGAGCGCGAUGUCAAGCGUCGUCUCCACGACAUCGAGUCACGUGUUCGCUCUGGCAUAGAAGACGUUGUCGCUGCUCUGCGUCUUCUUGAGUCAGAUCCCAUCUUCACAGCUGAAUGGGAGGGCGACAUGGCUCCCGCCAUUACGACAGAAGAACAAGACGACGACGACGACGAACUGCAGCGUCAAGCCAGAGCACAGGACACAGACGAUGUAGAGGAACGGGGUGGCUUCACGGCUGCUCGGGUUGGUGGCAUCAAUCGCCUGCUCAUGAAGCUUGACUUUGGCACAUGGUUCGGUAGAACGGACUGA